AUGGCCACCGACUACAAGACUCAGAUUGCUGACAGCCUGUUGGGGAAAACAGGAGAGUUCGACGCAUUCUUUAGACUCUACGACGAGCUCCUUAACAUUGGUUCAAGGAGCUUCGUAGUUCAGAUCAACAACCCAUCACAGCAGAACUCUCGGCCUGUUUCUCAUGACUCCAUCAUCAUAGCCGCAAAGGUUUUAAAAGCCCAAAGCUCCCUCAGCCUCAAGGACACCAAAGAGGCCAUCCAAAAACGUCUUUCAGCACAGAAGCUCUCCUCGCUUGAGGUAGACAUCGUCUUGAAAGUGGCUGUACAGCUGGCCUUUAUGGUCCACCCCAAUGUUUAUGACUCCCAUGGGCCCGCUUUCAGAAUCGGAUCUUAUCGGCCUGCGUCCUGGUUGUCAGAAGAGAGUUUCACUGACUUCGUCAGCAAGUCGUUCCCCCAUGUGUCUUCAACGAGGAUAUUGCGAGUCCAGGAUGUUCUUGCGGAAGAAAAGUCCCUCAAGGCCUGGAAGUUGAAAGAGCGAUUGGGCAUCAAAUUCCGACCGACCAACAAUUUGGCUGAGCAUCUUGUCUUCGACCCCGACAGCCAAAGUCUUUAUUUGUUUCACCACGCUGGAUAUCUCAAGGCCCAUCUGGACUUGUGGGAGCCCAAGAAGAACUCUAGAGACAUUGGAAUAGGAGAAGCCAUCGCUGAUGGAACAUUGAGCCCCCGGUUGCUAGCCGAGACUCUCCAUUCACUUCAGUCUAUUCUAUUCCGAUGGGGCGACGAAAAGUCCAAGGUCAUUCUCAACGAACUGAUUAAAAAACAGGGCUUUGACAGCUCUUGCGCUAUUCAUGAAGGAUACAGAAUGUUCAAAGAUGGUACCGGGGAUUUUGUUUACACCUUCUGGGGAGAGAGGCUCGCAAGCAUCCAUGACUUGAUGCGUGAGCGUCCUCCUCGGACAAAGUUCCAGAAGUGGAUCAAGUGGCAAACCACAGAAAGAAACUUCUUCCUUGUCGGCGGCCUUGCCUUGAUCAUUUCUGCUGUUGUUGGGAUAUUAAGUCUUGGUCUUUCUGGGUUUCAAGCAUACAUUGCGUGGCAGGCGUGGAAAGUCGCAAACCAACCACCUACCUAG